GCGCGCGCGACAGUGUUGCGUGUAUACAGGGUGUUUGCGCGUGCGCGGCUCGGCGCUAGGACCGUGCGCUCCAGUCGGUGCGCAAAUCCCAGCAGAGAGGCAGCGUCUCCGGCAGACAGGAGCGACAGAGGCAGAGGCUGCGCGUCUCCUCUGCAGGUUCAACCCAUCACCGGCGGGGGCGGCGGGCUGCACCUUCCGCCAGGCGGACCUGAACCAGCCGCGGGCUCGCCUCCGGUGCCCUCCUUAUGGGCUCACCAUGCGCAGGAUACGGGCCAACGCCAUCGCCAUACUGACCGUCGCCUGGAUCCUCGGCACGUUUUAUUACCUGUGGCAGGACAGCAAGCCCGCGUCGACGCCGUCGUCGUCCGCGUCGCAGGCUCGCGGCAGGGGCCACGGGCAGAAGCUGGUCCCCGGCCGGCUGGAGAUCCACCGGGACGACAGGACCAUCCCGCUGAUUGUGACUCAGCCCCCCAGAGGCGAGCAGCAGAGCCAGCUGCUGGGCGGAUUCGACGAGAAGGCUUACCUGGCCACCAAGCAGCUCAAACCGGGGGACGAUCCGUACAGGGAGCAUGCCUUUAAUCUGCAGGAGAGCGACCGUCUGGGCAGCGAGCGAGCCAUCCGAGACACGAGACACUACAGAUGCGCGUCUUUGACCUACGACGCCGAGCUGCCCUCCACAAGCAUCAUCAUCACGUUCCACAACGAAGCUCGCUCCACUCUGCUUCGCACCAUCAAAAGUGUCCUGAUGCGCAGCCCCACGUCUCUCAUUCAGGAAAUAAUCCUCAUAGAUGACUUUAGCACUGACCCUGAGGACUGCCAGCUGCUCUCCCAGAUCCCCAAAGUGCGCUGCCUGAGGAACAGCAGGAGAGAGGGCUUGAUCCGAUCGCGAGUGAGAGGAGCCAACACGGCCUCUGCCACCAUUCUGACCUUCUUGGACAGCCACUGUGAGGUCAACGCCGACUGGCUGCAGCCGAUGAUCCAGAGAGUCAAGGAGGAUCACACGCGAGUGGUCAGCCCCAUUAUCGACGUGAUCAGCUUGGAUAACUUUGCUUACUUGGCUGCAUCUGCUGACCUUAGAGGAGGAUUCGAUUGGAGUCUCCACUUCAAAUGGGAGCAGAUUCCCAUCGAGCAGAAAAUGGCGAGAAGCGACCCGACGCAGCCCAUAAGGACUCCUGUCAUUGCCGGUGGGAUCUUCGUCAUGGACAAGAGCUGGUUCAACCAUCUGGGCCAGUACGACACUCAUAUGGACAUCUGGGGCGGGGAGAACUUUGAGCUGUCGUUCCGAGUCUGGAUGUGCGGAGGAAGUCUGGAGAUCCUUCCCUGUAGCCGCGUGGGUCACGUGUUCAGGAAACGCCACCCGUACGACUUCCCAGAGGGCAACGCUCUUACCUACAUCAAGAACACCCGACGGGCCGCCGAGGUGUGGAUGGACGAGUAUAAACAGUACUACUACUCGGCACGGCCGUCUGCUCAGGGCAAAGCCUUUGGCAGCAUUGCAGACCGCUUGACGCUGCGCCGGAAACUGAACUGCAAACCUUUCCGUUGGUACAUGGAGAACGUCUACCCCGAGCUGAGGGUCCCUGAGCAGGAAGCCGUGUCCAGUGUGCUGAAACAAGCUGGCAUGUGUCUGGAGACCCGUGGGAGGGACGGCCUCGGACUGGCGGAGUGCCGCGGCGCCGGAACCAACAGGCCGCAGUCGCAGAAGUGGGAGCUGGUGGAGCCGCUGAUUCGGCAGCAGGACCUGUGCCUGGCUAUUUCUGCCUUCACAGCAGGGUCAAAGGUCAAGAUGGAACUCUGUAACUCCAAAGAGCCCAGACAGAAGUGGAAGCCAAAAGGCCCGGCUCUUCAGCACGUGGUGAGCGGCCUCUGCCUGGACAGCCAGAGCACCAGCGGACCCCUGGUCAUCGCACAGUGUCGCCCCCAGGUGGCCGGACAGUCGUGGGAGUCGCAAGUUCUCGUCUGAAUGAGGAAGAUCUGGAGUUGCUGAGGGACAGAAAAAGUAAAAAGAAAAAAAGAAGAAGAAAGAAACUUAACUUUUCUGAUGUCAACCUCUGGCUGCUCAUUUUUAAAGCCUUGUUGAGGGGAAAAAAGAAAAAACCACCAGAGGUCUUGUGUGUACAGUGCUCUCUGUCCUUUCCGGGAUGCUGCAGAUCUAUGUAUUCUUAUAUUUCCACUGAAAACGUUGCACAUUUCACUUCUUCGUUUAAGUUUCUACGAUCUGCUUUCGUUGGAAGCGAUUUGACGAGUGCAAGCCGUUACUGUAGCAAGCGCGCCGAGCUGCACCUUCGAUCAUAGUCGCUGCUUUCGUAAAGCGGGGCAGUUUUAGCUGUGUACAUAGGCUCUAAAAAGAUAAAAUAAAAAAUAAAAAACAAGGAAGAAAAAUGGGAGCUUUUUAUCGCUGAUUAGCAAAGCACUGUCAGGACAUUAUUUAUUGUUUUGCACGGUCACACCCAAAGAAUGUUUAAUUUUUAUUAUUUCUUUCCCCUUUUGGUUCUCUCUAUUAAAAAAAAAAAAAUCUGUAAAUAUCUGAAACAGGUUAUUGUUUUUUUUUGUGUAAAGUAAUCUAUAUGUGCUUUUAAAAUUAAAACGUGGCUAAAGAGACAGUAUCAUUGGAGCCGUUUGUAAAAUAAGUUCCUUUGCUGCAUAAUUAUACUGUUAAUAUUAUAAAAAAAAAACAAAAUCACAA